UCCUUUUAGUUUGCAGUUUCCACUCUCUAUGCUUCUCCUGCGGACCUCUCUCUCUCCAUCACAUUCACAAAGAGGGAAGAGAGAGAAAGCUCCAUAGGGGAGAGAAAGAGAGCGAGAGAGAGAGAGAGAGAGAGAGAGAGAGAGACACAGAGCAGAGUUGUACUAAUAAAGUUCAUAUUGUUUUGCUAUGGAGAAGCACAAGUGUAAGCUCUGCUUCAAGAGCUUCUCUAAUGGCAGAGCAUUGGGGGGACACAUGAGGUCUCACAUGAUGAAUCUGCCGAUUCCUCCAAAACCAGAGCAGCCCAUUACUAAGCUCGGAGAGGAGACCGAGUCGGCUUCGUCCUCAGCUGCUUCCUCCGAAGGGGAAGAAGCGGCGGCAGUAGCAGAGGAGGAGAAAGGUCUGUAUUACGGAUUGAGAGAGAAUCCCAAGAAGAAUUCCCGUUUUGCGGAUCCCGAGUUUUCCUUCCCCGUGGAUGCUACAUCUGUGGUUCUUCAAGACAGGGAGAGCGAGACCGAGUCGUCCAAGAACCCAACUCGGCGACGAUCCAAGCGGAUUCGCAAAUCCGGCAUACCCCACCAGCAAUAUUUUCAUCAGCAAGAAGUUGCGAAGCUCAAAUACAAGAAACAGAGUAAGGCAGAAUUGUGGGCUGAGCCCGAACCCGUGAGUUCGAUCUCUGAUACUACUACGGAGGAAGAUGUUGCUUAUUGUCUUAUGAUGCUUUCGAGAGAUAAAUGGUCUAAACAGAGUGUAGAAGAAGAGGAUGGAGAAGAAGAAGAAGAAGAUGAUGAUGAUGAUGAGGAUGAUGAUGAUGACGCAGAAAGAUACGAGAAUGUUCGAGAAAUAGGGAAAUUUUCACAGCAAAUAGAUGGAUAUGAUUCAGACGACCUAAAAUCGUGCAAGACAAAGGCUCGCGGGAAGUACAGAUGCGAGACGUGCAAGAAGCUGUUUCGAUCUUAUCAAGCAUUAGGCGGGCACAGAGCAAGUCACAAGAAGCUCAAACUCUGUACUCCACCGCUAGAAGCACACAAGUCAGGAGCUUCCAAUGCAGGUGUAUCUACAGUGGACGAUCAAAGGAGCCAUGAAUGCCCUGUUUGCUUCCGAGUAUUUUCAUCUGGGCAAGCGCUCGGCGGCCACAAAAGAUCGCAUCUCCUCAAUUCGGCGACACCCACCAAAAGUACCGGCAGGUUCGGAGACAACUUGAUAGAUCUCAAUCUGCCGGCGCCGAUUGACGACGAGGACAUCAGCCAGGUCGAGCUUUCCGCCGUGUCCGAUUCCGAAUUCGUCAACCCAAUCAAGCGAUGAAUUAUCGCUACGGAAUUCUCUGCAAAAAUAGCUCAAUUCAGAGGUAGGCUCCCUUAGGCUUUUCUUUUCUUCUAAAAUUUUUCUAUGGAUCUAUGGAUUUAUGAGUCUGUUUUGGUAACUGGGUUAUGUUCCCCUUUAUUCACAAUCUCUGACUGUAAUUUGAAUUUCCUCCGUCCAUUAAUGGAGGACCCUUAGCAUUUAAUCUCGAUUUACUCCAUUUCCAAAUCCAAUUAAACAUGAACCUUUCUUGGUUUCCA